AAAAAACACAAUGCCAGCAGUCCCCCCCUCUUGGGCAGCCCUGCAAUAAUGAACCAGUGUGCCUCUGCAGUGGAAGAAAAAAAAAUUCCGAAUGAUGUCAGGAUAAAGUUUGAACAUAAUGGGGAGAGACGGAUUAUUCCGUUUGUCCGUCCCGUGCGCUACGAAGACGUGCAGCAGAAAGUGAAAACGGCCUUUGGGCAGCCCCUGGACCUCCACUACAUGAACAACGAGCUCUCUAUUCCUUUGAAAAACCAAGAUGACCUGGAUAAAGCUGUGGAUCUCUUGGACAGGAGCUCAAAUGUGAAAAGCCUGAGGAUACUGUUGCUGUCCCAGGACAGAAACCAUAGCAGUUCUUCACCCCAUUCUGGACUGCCCAAGCAAGUCAGGAUUAAAACUUCCCAAUCUGUAGGGGAUGUGAGCACACCCUACCAGCAGCCAGAACCCAGAAGCAGGCAUCUGUCUGUCAGCUCCCAGAACACAGGCCGCAGCUCUCCCCCGCCCGGCUACAUCCCCGAGCGGCAGCAGCGCAUCGCCCGCCAGGGCUCCUACACCAGCAUCCACAGCGAGGGCGAGUUCAUCCCCGAGACCAGCGAGCAGUGCAUGCUGGACCCUCUAAGCAGUGCUGAAAAUUCGGUGUCAGGAAGCUGCCAGUCCUUGGACAGCCCUUCUUUUCGGAAGUCACGGAUGUCAAGGGCACAGAGCUUUCCUGACAACAGGCAGGAGUUCUCAGACCGUGAGAAUCAGAUCUAUGACAAGGCAGGCAAAGGUGGCACCUACCCUCGGCGCUACAACGUCUCCAUGCAGCACAAGGACUACAGCGAUGGCCGCAGGACGUUUCCCCGGAUCCGACGUCACCAAGGGAAUCUCUUCACCCUGGUGCCCUCGAGCCGCUCGCUGAGCACCAACGGGGAGAACCUGGGGCUGGCGCUGCAGUACCUGGAGCCGCGGGCUCCCAGUGCUCCCAUGAACUGGCGCCGGGGGAAGCUGCUGGGCCAGGGCGCCUUUGGCCGCGUGUACCUGUGCUACGACGUGGACACGGGCAGAGAGCUGGCAGCCAAGCAGGUCCAGUUCGACCCAGAGAGCCCUGAAACAAGCAAGGAGGUGAGUGCUCUGGAGUGUGAAAUUCAGCUGCUGAAGAAUCUCCAGCACGACCGCAUUGUGCAGUAUUACGGCUGCUUAAGGGAUCGGGCAGAGAAGACCUUGACCAUCUUCAUGGAGUACAUGCCAGGGGGGUCGGUGAAGGACCAGCUGAAGGCGUACGGGGCCCUGACGGAGAACGUGACGCGCAAAUACACGCGGCAGAUCCUCGAGGGCGUCUCGUACCUGCACAGCAACAUGAUCGUGCACAGGGACAUCAAGGGUGCCAAUAUUCUCCGUGACUCUGCUGGGAACGUGAAGCUCGGGGACUUUGGGGCCAGCAAGAGGCUGCAGACAAUCUGCAUGUCGGGCACCGGCAUCCGCUCGGUCACGGGCACCCCGUACUGGAUGAGCCCGGAGGUGAUCAGCGGCGAGGGCUACGGCAGGAAGGCAGACGUGUGGAGCCUGGGCUGCACCGUGGUGGAGAUGCUGACAGAGAAGCCCCCCUGGGCAGAGUACGAGGCCAUGGCAGCCAUCUUCAAAAUCGCCACGCAGCCCACCAACCCGCAGCUGCCCUCCCACAUAUCAGAACAUUGCCGGGACUUCCUAAAGCAGAUCUUUGUGGAAGCCAGGCACAGACCCUCUGCUGAAGAGCUGCUCAGACACCAGUUUGCACAGCUCCAGUACUGAAUUACCUCCCCUGCUCGCAGCUCCUGCCGGGCUCGCCGUGCCCUGUCUUGUCCACUUGCAACUGCCCCUUGUGGUGCUGCAUCUUCAGAAUGCCAGCUCAGCUAGGCCUAGUCCUUUGGGAAGUUCUGCCAAGGAACUUUGGGUCUGCUCUCGUGCCUGAUUCCUUCUUGUGCUGGAUUAAUGUUCAUCCUGCCGACAGCUGUCCAAGCAGAGCUGCGUUUUUGCCCCAGAUUUUGUUACCUGGCUGUGUGUUUUCUGCAGGAAGGGGAAUCUGACAAGUGUCAUCACUGGUUGAACCAUAGGAGAAACCUGAACCCAUGUGGGAGCUGGAAGAGCUCCACUGUGCCCAAAACAGAAACAUGCACCAGCUCCAGACCAGCUCUGCCUGUGGCGUCCCUGGUUUUUCCUUCCUGGGGCUCCAGAGGUGUCUCCAGUACCUGAAUCCAGCAAAAAGCCAUGUGCCAUGUCAUGCCCACUAUAGUAUGGUAUAUUUUUCUUCUUGAGUAUUCAGCAUCUGAAGGUGUUCAGAAGAUAUUGAUUCAAAAGUAUGUGAAUAGUGUUAUUUUAUAAUGAACCCAUGGAUUUGGGGCUGGGGGUGAGGGAGUUCUUUCCAGCUAAAUGUCAGGAUAAUCAGACAAGUUUCAGCAGAAUGCAAUCACUCCAGGGCCUGAGGGAAGGGCUCUCCCAUUAACAUUGGAAAAUCUGGAGCUAGGUUUGAUCUGUCCCAGCAUUCAGACAGUGCCACUUUGUGUCAUACCAAACAAAUCUGUGCUCCUGCUUCCUCUCUCUGGGGCUGCUGGGUCCAAACAAAACCCCUCUGGAAGGGAAUUCUGUGGAAUUCAGCUUCCUCCUGCAUCUGUCUCUUUGGCUGGUAACUUUUUACCAUCCUUUUAACCAAAGAUAGUCAGUCUGGUACCCAUGAAAUUACUUCAGAGUUUCUUGGAGCACAUGGAAAAUGGAAAAUUGAGGGUUUCUUGGGGAGAAUUACCUGGACACUUGUGUUGUGCACAGGGAGCUGGAAUCAAGCUGAGCCUUGCUGUGCAUUGUUUGAAUUACAGGUGUGCAAGUGAUCAUUUAAGAGUUCCAUAAAAAUGUUAUGGCCUAACUUAAAUAAGCUUCUGUAGGACACAAGUCAAACAGGGAACCUCAGACAACAUUUAAAAUGGUAACAAAUAUCUAAAAUUACCUGGAGAUCCCCACGCAGGUACCAGCAAAGCAAAUCCAAGUGAUUGUGCACUUGGAACACAGCACAGGUCAGACCUGAUGGCCUCAAAUCCUCUGUGCUGAUUUGGGCUCUAAUUUAUCUUUAUUUCACUCAUGAAAGACCAGCAGGUUUUAAGUGCUGGGGAUUCGUGGAGUGAUUCCAAGUUAUCUCUGAGAAAUGAAACGAAGAAAAGCAAAUGUUAAUUAACUAAAAUAUUGCUUUAUAGGGCAACACCGAAGGUGUUCUGCUCUUGUAUUGGAAACCAUAUUAAGGUUCCACACACCUCCACUCUUCUCCCCCAUAAAAAAUUGAAAAUUGCUUCAUAAUGCAGUAAAAUUCAGUUUUUAAGUGAAUACUAAUAGCAGGAUAAGGCAAGUUUUAAUGAAACCAAGCUCCUUCAACACAUGAAAAAUACUGUGUUGAAUUAAAAGAGGGGAAAAAAGAACCCUGAAAGCCCCAACCAACCAAAAGUCCUGAAAAGCUUUAACGAUAUGAAAUGUUUUUUCUGUGCCAAACCCAGAGCAAAGUGUAGCCAAUAAAAACUGGUGUUGGUUUCCUUUCCAGGCUCCCUGCACUACUCCAAGGAUGCACUGUCCCACUUGUGGGCACUUAGGGGAUCCCUUUUAUGAAAGCCCUUGUUCCAUAAUUUAUUUAAUUACAGUGAGAGCACUUCAACUGCUCUUUUCCCAACCAGGAACUUGACUCUAAAUUGUCCAAGCCCUUGGCCUGACUUCACUGUGAGCUGUGACACUGCAGCUCGGAGCUGGGGAGCUUUCCCACCACUCUGCUGGACCUGUGGGACCAUCCCUGCAGUCUGCAUGACAAAAGGAAGGGAUCAGCACCAGCUCUUCAAGCCUUGCAUCCUAAAUAUACCAAAGAUUGGAGUCUUCAUCCCCUGCCCAUCACCUGCAGGAAUCAGGAGCACCAUGACAUCUGCAUCCCUCUGUCCUUGGCCUGUCCUCACCAAACCCAGACCUUCUCCCUUGGUUUUUCCCACGUGCUGUGAUCUGGGAGAGAGCAGGGCGUGAGGGAAGGGCAGAACUUGUGUCCAAGCACCUCAAUCCUCAGGAGCUGUCGUGGCUUUUACCUCACCCGCAUGCCAGAGGUGCUUCCAGAGCAGAGCAGGGCAGGGCAGGAGCAGGAGCAGCCAGGACUGGCGGUGGCUCAGGGCUGUCCCCAGGGCUCAGAGCCCUGCCCUGGGCUGGCUGUGCCCCCUCUGUGCCCACCCCUGUGGCCAGGCUGGCAGGGAGAGGGAGCAGCACCCCCUGGACACGACAGAGAACACGGGGCCAGCCCGGACUGGCGCGUUCGGCACAGGAACAAGCCAAAGCAUUGCCUGUAUGUUUGGAGAUGCACUUUUAUGAAUGUAGUUUAUAUCGCUCUUUUUUAGCUCUUUUUACAUCAUGUAAACGGUGAUGCCUCAUUUUAUUUUUUUUUUUUCUUUUUUAAUUUAUAUCGUAAAAGAUCAUAUUUGGUGAUUUUUAUAUAUAUCGACUGUUAUGGGGUUGCGGGGGGGGGGAGGUGGGGAAAUAAAUUUGACGCCUUUAUGAAUUUAAAAAGGAAAAAAAGCAGCUGGUUUUGCAGAGAAUUUGCUGAUGGUUUAUAAUGAGUAGAGCUGAGCCAAAAUGCCUCUUUGUUUCCUCACAGCCUCUUGAUUGUGGAAAAGGAAGAUCUGGAUUCCUGAGUCCACUGCUCUGAUUAAUAACUUGGGGCUGACAUUGAUACCAGAGGCUUUUAACAGCCCUGGCAGCAAAAGAGUUUCAAGUGGACAGAAAUGUAAUUAUACCUCAGAAUUGAAUUAUAUCUGGCCUCUUUAUCCUGGCAGACUAGGAAGAAACUGGGAAUAAACUCAUUUAGGGAAGAGUAGGGCAGGAGUGCCAGGCUGACAAUAAGCUAUUGUGUCAAUUCCAAAUGUCAUGUUGGAUUUCCUGCUGUUCCUUCCAGGGAGGGAUAUACAGGGAAUAUUGAGUAUUGGGGUCCCUGAUGGAAAGUGCUGCAGAAAUGGAGAAUAUUUGACAAAGAAUUUCUUAUCAGAGUCCCAAUGUCCUCAAACAUUUAAAACUAAUCAGAAAAAUGUCCAAGAUUCCCAUUGGAGAGGAGCUUGGGGGAAUGUGGCAGUGAGGAAACAAAGCAGUGACAUUUUGGUCUUGGUGUGACGAUUCUGUGCAUUCCAGGUUAUUUGCUUGUUCUCCAGAAAAUCCCAUCUUUGCCCAUUCUGUGGCAGUUAGGUUGCAUCAAUAUGGAUGGGGUUUGGGGGUGGUUUUGUUUUGCCUAUUUUGGAAUAAUAUUCCAAAGGACUGGAAGCUGCUCCAAAGAGUUGCCAUUGGCACUCAGUUACCAACACAGACUGAGCAGGAGGGAGAAGGCAGGUGUGCCAGGAGCAGCUGAAAAAGGAAGAAAAGGAUUUUAUCAUCACCAUAAAUGAUGCAAAGCAGGGAGAAAGGGCUUUAACCUGGAUUGUGCAGAAGACCUUGACCCAGUAGUCUCUAUUUACCGACCAGGGGCUUGCAGUGCAAAGCCAGGCCAAUGUAUCAUUUUAUUUACAAUAAAAUUAUCAUUUAUAUGAAA